CCCUACGCGCCCUACGCGAUCCAGGAGAGGUUCAUGGCGGCGCUGUACGGCGCCCUGGAGAAGGGCCAGGUCGGCAUCUUCGAGAGCCCCACGGGCACGGGAAAGUCUUUAAGUCUUAUCUGCGGAGCCCUCUCCUGGCUCAGAGACUUUGAGGAAAAAAAGAAGCAGGAGGAGGCCCGGCUUCUAGCACUUGAACACGAUGGGCAGGAGGAGAAAAAGCUGACGCCGUUGGAUGAGCCCCUUCCGAAGGGGACUUUGGAGGAGCCUGGGUGUCCAGACAGCAAAGGCUCAGCUGGGGAACCAGACUGGAUUACUGCGUUUGUGCAGAAGAAGGAAGAACGAGAUAUGGUGGACAGACUAAAGGAAGAGCAGAUCAAGAGGAAAAAGCGAGAAGAUCGACUUGAGAAAAUUCGCCAUAAUGUGCAGUUAAAAUAUACAGCAAAGAGAAAAAGAUCUGAGGAGGAGGAGACAAAGCGCCUUCUUCAGCUCAGCAAGGAGGUGCUUUUGGAAAGGGGAGGAGCAGAUGGCCUGGAUCACAACGAGGAGGAGCUGAUUCUUGAUGAAUAUGAGAGUGAUGAGGAGAAGAAAGUGGUACCUGGGCUGGAGGAAGAUGAUGAUGAUAUGGAAGAGGAGCAUGUUACUAAGAUUUACUACUGUAGCCGCACCCACUCGCAGCUAUCUCAGUUUGUGCACGAGGUGCAGAAAAGUCCUUUCGGCAAAGACACGCGGCUGGUCUCCUUGGGAUCCCGGCAGAACUUGUGUGUGAAUGAGGACGUGCGCCGCUUGGGGGCUCUCCAACUCAUCAACGACCGCUGCAUGGAGAUGCAGAAGAACAAACAUGAUAAGAAAAGCGAUGGAGAGGAGAUGGAGGGGAAGAGGAGACGUGUGAGUCGCACCGUAUGCCCGUUUUACUCCUAUGAGCAAAUGCAGUUUCUCCGUGAUGAAAUUCUAGUGGAAGUAAAAGAUAUCGAGCAGUUGGUGGCUUUGGGAAAGGAAACAAAAGCGUGCCCAUAUUAUGGGAGUCGAUACGCCAUCCCUGCUGCUCAGCUGGUGGUGCUGCCGUAUCAGAUGCUCUUGCACGAGGCCACGAGGAGCGCUGCCGGGAUCAGCCUGAAGGACCAGGUUGUAAUCAUUGACGAGGCUCACAACCUUAUAGACACCAUCACUUGUAUCCACAGUGCGGAGGUCAGCGGUGCUCAGCUGUGCUGUGCCCACUCCCAGCUGCUGCAGUACAUGGAACGAUACAGGAAGCGUCUAAAGGCAAAGAACCUGAUGUACAUUAAACAGAUCCUUUAUUUGCUGCAGCAGUUUGUGUCUGUGCUGGGAGGUAAUGUGAACCAAAAUCCUAACUCUCAGGCAAUUCCACAAACAGGGACUGAGCUAAAAUCCAUCAAUGACUUUCUGUUUCAGAGCCAGAUAGACAAUAUCAACCUCUUCAAGGUUCAGCGUUACUGUGAGAAGAGCCUCAUCAGCAGGGAGCUCUUUGGGUUUGUGGAGCGAUAUGGAGCGCCCACAGUUGUAAAGACCAACAAAGAGAAGGAGAAGUUGGCUGGUUUGCAGAACUUUCUUCUGAGCCUCCAGCAGGGGUCUGAUAAAGAGGGUCCUCCUCAGAGCCUUCCUGCAGAGGCUGAGAGUGACCAGCUCCGAUCCGCCUCUCCGCUGAUGCAGAUUGAAGGAUUUCUCUCAGCCCUGACGAAUGCAAAUCAGGAUGGCAGAGUCAUUCUCAACAGGCAAGGUACUGUUGGUCAGAGCAGCCUCAAAUUCCUCUUGCUGAAUCCAGCUGUACACUUUGCCAAGGUGGUGAAAGAGUGCCGAGCUGUGAUCAUUGCUGGGGGCACCAUGCAGCCGGUGUCUGACUUCCGAGAGCAGUUGCUGUCCUGUGCUGGUGUGGACCCUGCGCGAAUUGUGGAGUUCUCCUGCGGUCAUGUGAUUCCCCCAGAAAACAUUUUGCCCGUGAUCCUGUGCAGUGGCCCUUCCAGCCAGCAGCUGGAGUUCACCUACCAGACGAGAGACCUGCCCCAAAUGAUGGAUGAGACGGGCCGGAUCCUUUGCAAUGUGUGCAACGUGGUCCCCGGCGGCGUGGUGUGCUUCUUCCCUUCCUACGAGUACGAGAGGCACGUGUAUGCGCGCUGGGAGCAGACCGGGCUGCUUGCCCGCCUGGCAGCUAAAAAGAAGAUCUUUCAGGAGCCUAAAAAGGCCAACCAGGUGGACCAGGUUCUUGUGGAAUAUGCCAAGUGCAUAAAGCGCUGCAGCCAUGGGGGAGGACAAAUGACCGGAGCCCUGCUGUUUUCUGUAGUUGGGGGGAAAAUGAGUGAAGGGAUCAACUUCUCUGAUGACCUGGGCAGGUGUGUGAUCAUGGUGGGCAUGCCCUACCCCAACAUUAAAGCUCCAGAGCUCCAGGAAAAAAUGACUUGGCUUGACAAAACAAUGCCAAGAGCUGCUGGCCAGGCCCCGAGCAGAGUGCUGAUUGAAAACCUGUGCAUGAAGGCAGUAAACCAGUCAAUAGGGAGAGCCAUUCGCCACCAGCGGGACUUUGCCAGCAUCCUGCUCCUGGACCACAGGUAUGCACGCCCUGCUAUCUUUAAUAAGCUGCCGCAGUGGAUCAAGGAGAGAACCCAGGUUAAAGCUGCCUUUGGAUCAGCAUUUGCAGAGUUGAGAAAGUUCCAUCGAGGGAAGUUGGACACUUCAUGA